AUGAGCUUUUUAGAAAAUUUAAAUUUGGAAACAAUUUUAAAUAGGAUCGAAGAUUUGUUAAACAACGACUCCGAUUUUAAAGCAAAUUACAGUAAGGUUAGAAAAAGAAAAAGCGAAAAAGAGGAGAGACUAUUUAUAACAAGGUUAAAUCAAAUUCUAUCACAAUUGGCCGAAUAUAAAGAUGGUAGAUCAAUGGUUCAUAUAUUUCAUUUAAGAUUUAUUCACACAAAUGUUCAUUCAAAAAAAACAAGAGUCCCAAAAUUAAUAGCAAUCAUUACAGAGUAUCUCCGAUUAAUUAACAAAUCUUAUAUUAGCGAGGGACAUUACACCCAUACUCCUAGUGGUACAUCAUCUCAUUCAUCACCAAAUCCUUCCUCUUCUUCUUACAGCCAUUCAAAUACAGCCUCUUAUUCAUCACCAAAUUUCUCUUUAACUUCUAGUAACCCAAAUGUAUAUAUAAAUUCUAUAGUUGUAGAUAAUGAUAGUAGUGAAAAUUUAGAACAUCAAAUUGAUAAUAAUAAUAAUAAUAAUAAUGUACAUAAUAGUAAUAGUAAUAAUAGUGGUAAUUUAAGUCUUAGUACAAACAGCUCACCACUUUCAAAACUUGAGGGUAUGACAUCGUCACCUAUUAAUAACUCACAAGAGGAUUUAGAAAUAACAACUAUUAAUUUUAGUAGUCCACCACAACAUAAUAACGGAGGCACCCCAAAUUUUAAUUCAUCAGCAUCAAAUACACCUAAUUAUUUAUCAUCAUCAUCAUCUCCAGUUUUAACAUCGCAAAAUAGUUCCAGUAAUAUGACCAGUAUGGUUAAUGGUAAUGCACCGGGCGCUGGUAUUUUUAAGGUAGACUUUUCACAAGAAAUUAAAAUUGCAAAGGAAUUAUUAGACUAUUUAACAACUCAUCAUAUUGAUCCAGAUAAUUCAUUAGUUGGCUGUGACGUUAAUCCAAUCUAUUUGGAUAGUGUCUUUAGAUUAAGAUCCCAAAAUUCAUUCAGUGAACGUUCAUUAAUCAAAAUGAUUAAAUCAUGGGGUGCAAUGAAAGAUGACCAUAUAGUAAAGGAAGUUAGAAAAAUGGCAAACAAUUUAAAUAAUUUAGAUUUUAGAAAGGGCGAACUCGUUAUUAUCAAAUAUAUUGAACAAGAAAAAGAGCUUCACCAACCACACUCACCAAAUAGCGAAAAUAAUGGUAUUAAUAAUAACAAUAAUAAUAAUAACAAUAACAACAGUAAUAAUAUUUCCGAUUUAAAUUUAGAAUCUGAAGAUCAAUUCUUUGAUUUUGAUGAUUCACUCGAUAAUAUACCAACAACAUCAUUUAAUAAUCAACAACAAAGCCAUCAAAAUCAAUUUAAUAUUAAUAAUAGUAAUACUGGCAGUGGUAAUGAAAAGCAAGAUGAUAAUAGAUUGGGCAGCUAUAUUUUUGCAAGAUUUGAAGAGGAACUUAAUAGAACAUGUAAAGUUUAUAUUAUCCCAACUGAAGAUGGUAAACAACUGUUAUCAGUUAAUAUAAAUAACAUUUAUAAAAUCACACCAGAAAUUAUUGAAGCCGCCAAAAAUGAAAAAUAUAUAGAUUUGGUCAACGACCCAUCAAAACCAUUUUUCCACUUGCUUGCUUUCAAAGAAAGAGAGCUUAUUAAUGAUCACCUCGAAAAGAAAAAUGUAGAUGUUUCAGUUAUGGAUAAAUGUAGAAAUAAUAAUGCAUCAAUUUUAGAUUUACCUACUAUAAAAUCAACAAUGGAGGCAGUUAAAGAUUUAAACAAAAAUAUUCAAAAUACAAAUUUAUUAAAUGAAGUUAAGAAACUAGCAAGGUUAGAAUCAAAAUCAUUUUUAGAAAAUGGUAAUAUUAAUUUUUUUUAUUUUUUUAUAGUUUAUUAUAUUUAUAAUUUUAUUAAUAUUUAA